AUGAGGUUCGGAAAGACGCUGCGGCAUGCAGUGUACCCGCCCUGGAAGGGCAAGUACAUCGACUACGCCAAAUUGAAAUCCCUUUUACGCGAGCAUGAUGUCACCGGUGAAGAUGCCAGCGACACAGAUGAAGGCCAAUGGACCGAACAAGAUGAGGAGGCCUUUGUGCAGGAACUUCUCAAUGUUCAACUAGACAAGGUCAAUACCUUCCAAUCAGAGACCUCGCAGCAGCUCCGAGAGCGUACCACGGCGUGCGAGGCCAAGCUUCGGCCGUUGGCACCGGCUGCGGGCCAGGAAGGCUCGGUGAUGGAGGACCCAGAGAAGCGCAAGAUUGCGUCGGAGGUCCUGGAAGAGCUGGAUAACAUUACGAAAGAAGUCAGUGAGCUGGAAAAGUACAGCCGUAUCAACUUUACGGGUUUCCUCAAGGCCGCCAAGAAGCACGACCGCAAGCGUGGUGCCCGUUACCGCGUUAAGCCCUUGCUUCAGGUGCGCCUGUCUCAAACACCAUUCAACUCCGAGGACUACUCCCCUCUGGUUCACCGCCUGUCAGUGAUGUACUCGUUUGUGCGCGAGACCCUGAGCCAGGACGUUGUGCAACCUAAGGAGCCGGAACGUGGUUUCGGACGUGAUGUGUAUGCGUCCUAUAAGUUCUGGGUGCACGUCGACAACGUUCUCGAGGUUAAGACAUUCAUCCUCCGCCGUCUGCCUAUGUUGAUCUACAACCCCGGAAGCUCGAAAAAUUUGGAUGGUCUGUCCGACGACCCCACCAUUACUUCUCUCUACUUCGAUAACCCCCAAUUUGAUCUCUAUAACCAAAAGGUCGCUCGUACCUCUGAAGCUGGCUCUUUGAGGCUGCGGUGGACUGGACAGCUGAAGGACAAGCCGCCCAUUUUCUUGGAGAAGAAGAUCGUGGCUGAGGACGACAGCAGCCGUGAAAUUCGGGUACAGCUCAAGGAGAAGCAUAUCAAGGAGUUCCUGGAUGAUGAGUAUCACUUGGACAAGCAAGUCCACCGGAUAGAAGAUAUGAAUGAUGGCGAAGGCUCAGUCGAGGCUCAGAUCCUGAAGAACAAUGUGGAGGAGUUGCAGUCUUUCAUCAAGGAACACAACCUGCAGCCCAUGCUACGGGCCAACUACACCCGCACUGCAUUCCAAAUUCCCGGCGAUGAUCGUAUUCGCAUCUCCCUUGAUACCAAUCUCGCCUUGAUUCGCGAGGAUUCCCUCGAUAGCGAGCGGCCUUGCCGUGAGCCUUCCGAAUGGCACCGCACCGAUCUGGAUGAUGCUCGCAUGUCUUACCCCUUCGACGCCAUCCGAACAGGCGAGAUUGCUCGUUUCCCUCACGCAUUGCUGGAGAUCAAGCUGCGCGGCAAGGCCCACAAUGCUGAGUGGGUGAAUGACCUGAUGUCCUCUCACUUGGUCAAGGAUGCGCCCCGUUUCUCCAAGUUUGUUCACGGUACCGCCCAGCUCUUUGAGGACUACGUCAAUAGCUUCCCCUUCUGGCUCAGUGAGCUGGAGAACGAUAUCCGUCGCGACCCGGAGACUGCUUUCUACGAGGAACAAGAACGAUUGGCUAAGCGUGCCGAGGACGACAUGGCCGUUGGCAGUUUCAUGGGCGGCACUGGCAGUCCCAGUGGACCGCUGUCGGCAUCUCCCUUCAGCCGGUGGGGUGAGUCUGGCAGCCGCUCUGCACUACGCCGUGCCUCUGGCUUCAGCGAUACUCAGAAUAAACCACAACGCCGCAUCUCUACCGUCGCCCCUCUACCGCACCGUGAACCGGCGCCUGUUGCCGAGCCCGUAGAGGAGACUCAGGAGCCUCAAGAAUCUUCCUCCCGCUUCGCCGCCGUUAUGCAAUCGCUAGGUAUCAACCCGAAGAACUUGACUGGCCGAGAGGUCGUCUCCCUGCCCCCUGGUGUGCGCCACCCAGGCAUCUGGAUCAAGGACUCAGGUCCCGUUCGCGUGGAGAGCAAGGUGUGGCUCGCCAAUCAGCGCACAUUUAUCAAGUGGCUUCACGUCUGCAUCCUGCUGUCCAGUCUGUCUCUGGGUUUGUACAAUGCCGCUGGCAAGCACAACCGGAUCGCCCAAGCUCUCGCUAUCGUCUACACCUUCUUUGCCCUGUUUUCUGCCGCCUGGGGUUGGUACAUGUACGAGAAGCGCGCGCGACUCAUCCGGCAGCGCAGCGGAAAGGAUCUCGACAAUAUGUUCGGCCCGAUCGUUGUCUGCAUUGGAUUGGCCAUUGCCCUUGUCCUCAACUUUGCCUUCAAGUACAAGGCUGUGCUGAACCAAGGCCACGAUGGUGGUGUGCCGGUACACUCCAACUCCUCUGUCGUUGGUGACUUGCACUCUACCGCUUUCCGAAACGGAGCUGCACAGUUGCUGAACCAGCAGCAGGUGCUGUAA